CUGUCCGUGAUGAAGGACUGUAGAAUCAUCUUCCUUGGAUCAGAAAAGGUUGGCAAGUCCUCACUCAUUCACCAGUUCAUGGAAGGUUCCUUCACAGACGACUAUCGUCCUACAGUGGAGGAAAGCUACAGAAGGAUGGUUCGUCUCCCAGAUGGUAACUAUGCCAACAUAGAGAUUCUUGACACGGCAGGGAAAUCUGACUUCCCGGCUAUGAGAAGGUUGAGAAUCGAGCAUGGAAAUGCCUUCGUUGUCGUCUAUGCUGUAAAUGACGAACAUUCAUUCCAAUCAGCCCUCAGCCUCUGCAGGCUCAUCUUCUCCAUCAAAGGUCGAGCAAAUGUCCCUGUCGUCCUCGUUGGCAACAAGUUGGACUGCGACACGACAAGGAAGGUGUCAACCGAGACCGCCACGAAACUAGCCCGGGAUGAAAUGGGUUGUUCUUACGUGGAGUCCAGUGCCAAAUGUAACCUGAACGUUGAUUGCUUGUUUGAUGUAUUGCUUCUCAAGAAGGUCCAACAAGAAGAGGUUCAGGAUGGUCAACCGAGGAAAACAAGGAGGAGUCAUAGUUCAAGGUCACUGUGUUCCCAGGGCAGCACGCGCAAACAGCUGCAGAGGAACUAUAGUGUGUGCAGCUGUGUCAUGGCAACGUCCGACAAAAAGAAAAAGCAUGUGCAUGGGUGCAAAAUCAUGUGACACUAGGCACAUUACUAUUUACCCUCAUCCCAAGGGUAGAAGAUGCAUUUUAUCAAAUAUGAGCCGGGUGGGUUCGGAGCCUUUGUGAAGUGGUGCAGUAUAAAGACGCUGUGAUGUUAUAAUGAUUGAUCUUGCUGUAACUCCGAGAUGGCUUAGAGGAAAGCCGUGACAUUUGUAGGUGUGACAAGGCUUGAUGGCACUGGCUGGCUGAUGGUGGUAACGCGACACCCAACUAUAUAAAGACACUGUUGGAAAUGUCAGUCUGUAAUGCUGCUAUUGAAUUAUA